UUCCAGAAUUUUAUUAAUAAUAUUCUCUACAAUACGUUAAAUAAGUUCGCUACAAUUUAUUUAAAUAAUAUCCUGAUAUAUCUUAACAAUAAGGAGGACUAUAUUAAGUAUAUAUCCAAUAUUCUAGACCGUCUUAAGUACUCCAGGUUAUAA